CGAAGUGACAUCAUGUGUGAGGCCGUUGGGUUCCAGCUUGGUUUUCUCCUCUGUCUCAUGUAAAGUUGUCCCGCUAGCCCCAGCCUCUUUUCUUUUCUUUUGUUUUUUUUUAACAACAGCAUUUGUUGGAAGUUUAGUCUCUAUUUAAGCCAAACAGCCCAGCGAGAGUAUGUCUUUCGUCCCAGGUCAGCCGGUCACUGCUGUUGUGCAACGAAUUGAAAUUCAGAAGCUGCGGCAAGGAGAGAAUCUGAUCCUUGGCUUCAGCAUCGGAGGAGGGAUAGACCAGGACCCUGGGCAGAAUCCCUUCUCUGAGGACAAGUCUGACAAAGGCAUUUAUGUGACCAGGAUAUCACCAGGAGGACCAGCAGAAUUGGCUGGCUUGAGGAUAGGAGACAAAAUAAUGCAGGUGAACGGUUGGGACAUGACCAUGGUGACUCAUGAUGAUGCCCGUAAAAAACUAACAAAGAAGAAAGAGGAUGUGGUGCGAGUACUAGUAACAAGGAAGUCGUUGGAGGAGGCUGUCAAACACUCUAAGGGCACUCAUCCCAAACACGAAUGUGGUGGUUCUACUUCUAUGCACAGACUAAUGCAAUAGCUAAGAACUGAAGACUCAUGUGGAGUACAAACACUCCCCCAAAUUCACUUCAUAGUUGCACCGUGGCCUUUGUAUUCCAGUAAUGCAAAAAAAAAACCCCAAACUGAGACAGAUCACUUUGUUUGGAAAUGAGCCUCAGUUAUGUUUUUGUUUUCUCAUUUGUAACACAUCCAGUUAUAUCUGAUCUCAGAACAAGAAAACUAUGUGAAAAGGUCUGCUUGGGAACAAUGACAUUUAAGACAUUCGCAGUGAUUAUAAUAUGCAUUAGUACUUGUGGAAAACACUUUAUAUUCUGGUACUUCCACAACUGUUAAUUCAUUCACACGUUUCAAGAACCAAUAUUUUUACGUCAUUAUUACAGCAACAAAUGCCAAAGUAAAAUCAAACAGUUUGUGUAAUUCUAGACAGUUUUUUGUUUUGUUUUUUUUAAAUAAUGGUACAGUAUAUUGUAUAAAAUCUAUACAAAACAGCCAUUGUGUUUUCCCUAAUUAUAAUGUUAUUGAUGCAGCUCUUUGCAUCAGUAAAAUGACUUUAUUUGUGGUUACUUGCAUUUAAUGUAACGCCCUCUCUCCUUCUAGAACUGUUAAAGCAACAACACAGUUGAAAUUAGAGUUAAUGUGUCGUAUACAAGUCGAAACUGUAAAUCCGAGCCGACAAAGUUUGAAUGUUUGUUGGAAAUGUGCACAGCAGCCUUAAAUGUAUUAACACUAAGAUUAAUGAUUCAUUUUCCUUUUUUGCCAGUGUGAUAUCACUAGUGCAUCUUUGAUACAGCAUGUAAUAAAUAACACUGGAGAUGAGUGAUUUAGUUCUAAUAAACAGUAUGUUGGCUAUGAGUUACUUUAA